AUGCUGGAGAACGCCAACGCUGUGCCGGUAUUUGCGGCAACGUACAAGGGGAGCGUUCCUCUGGAUACUGGCCGUCCGCAAGCUGACAUUCAGUCUGACUUCUUCCGCUCACAGGAAGCGGCCGAACUUCAUCUGCGGCUCCUUGCCAUCGAGCAGGGCUUCAAUCUCGUCGUGCAAAGACGGUACGAGUCCCGGCAGCAAAAGGACGGCAAAUAUAUCCACAAGGUUUGGGGGGCUACCGGCCAGGCAGGCCAACGCUUAGACUGA